UCUAUUAUUGAUUGCAACAAUUCUGCGGUGUAAUCUGAAAUACACACGCGCAAAAAAAAACCAAAACAAUUUAAUGGACCACGUUUUGCAAAUUGUGUGAUAACAAACAAGCAACAAUAAGAGCUGUGUAACGUUUUGCUAAGCAGCUACCAACAGUUGUCAACGAGCUGUUUUUGGUUUUUUCAAAUUACAACGAGAGUAUAGGCCCCAACAACAACACUCACACACACACACACAGGUACAAAAUGGUGGACGCUGCCAGACAAAUGCUCGAUGAGCUAAUGGGGCGCAAUCGAAAUUUGCAUCCUUCAGAGGCCGGGCAGGCGGUCAACUGGGAAGAUCCAGAGUUCUGUCAAUUCUACAAUGUGAAAUUCUGUCCGCACGAUCUGUUUAUCAACACGCGCGCCGAUCUGGGACCCUGUGUGCGCAUCCAUGACGAGGAGGCGAAACAUCUGUAUGAGGAGGCGCGACCCUCGCAACGCAAACGCCACACCGAGGAUGAGUUUCUACGCUUCUGCAAUGUGAUGCUGCACGAUGUGGAUCGCAAGAUCCAGAAGGGUAAACAGCGUUUGCAACUGAUGCAACGCGAUCAUCCGCCACCGCCGGCACAACAAGCAGCUAAAUUCGAAGAGCAGCUAAGCAAUUUGAAUGCACGAAUUCACAAAUUGUUGGCAGAGGCCGAGGAGGCGGGCAUACGUGGCGAUGUGGAUCAGGCCCAGGAUCUGAUGACCAUCUGUGAGGAGCUGAAGGAGGAGAAGGAAACGUUGCAGCAACAGUAUGAUGCGAGUGUGAAGCAAUUGCAUAAAUUGCGUCCCCAACAGCCGCCAGUUGCAAUCACGUCCGCCCCAGGCACGGAAACGCCAAGCGGGGACGAGGCUUUGGCCAGCAACAACACCACUCCAGCAUCAAUUACAUCAACAACAACAACAGCAGCCACUCCAGCUUCAAACAGUCACAACGAAACGCUCAUCAGCGAGAGCAUUGGCACGCCAAAAUCGUCGGAGGAGUCCAGUAAAGAGACGACGACGGCAACGGCAGCAGCUCCAGAUUCUGCAGCAUCCACAGAUGCGGCCACGUCCUCCGAUGCUGACAAGUCAGAUGCUAAAGCAGACGCGGGCAAAACGCCAGCGAAUUGGUCUCACGAGGUGCCCGAGAAACAGAUGAAAGUCUGUGAAAUCUGCGGCGCAUUUCUCAUUGUCGGCGAUGCGCAGCAACGCAUCGAGGAUCAUCUGAUGGGGAAACAGCAUUUGGGUUACUCCAAGUUGCGCAAUGCUGUGGCCGAAAUCAACGAGCGGCGGCAAAAGGAACGCGAGGAGGACGAGCGAAGGCGUCGCGAUGAUCGCGUUCAACGCUUUCACAAUAACUACGACAAUAGACGCGAUCAACGUGAACAUCGGGAACGCAGCCGUGACUAUGCGCCCAAUAACAGUCGACAGUCUUCGGAUCGCAGGCAUCAUCACCACAAGUCGCACCAUGGGCAUUCGUAUUCGCGUAGCGGGAGCCACAGCAGCGGCAGCAGCAGUCGCAGUCGGCAUAAUCAUUAUCGUCACGAUAGUCGGGAGCGACAUUGUCGCAGCCGCAGUCGCAGUCGUUACUAGAGGACGAGGAUACCAAAAAAACAAAAACACAAAACAAAACAAAAUGGAUAUAACGAAGAAGAAAACGAAAGGAGAAAAACAAAAUACUAAUUAAAGAAUAAAGUAAAGAGAUCUACAAGACAAAGAGUGGAACAAUGAAAGAGAAUGAAAGUUGAAAAAUGAUCAAAUGAAUUAAAGAAAAUGAUAAACACAACUACAACAACUGCACUACUAAGAACUACAACAAUUACAACGACAACGCAACGAGGAGCACAACAGAACAUCACGCGCUCUCGCUCGCUCCCUCGCUAUCUGUCUUUCUCGCUCGCUAUCGGGUAAACUUCCAAAACGUCACGCGCUGCCCCUGUCUCUGUCUCUGUCUCCAUGCAGCAUCGAGGUACUCCAAAACAAUAAUAAUAUAACACAUUUCAAUAAUACUAUAAAAAAAAAAAAACAAA